AGUCUGCCGGCGGCUUCUUUGGCUGACGGAUCUGUCGCCAUUUUUUUAUAUUUUGCCCUCGCUGGGUUUGAACUGAGGAUUCCAUUAUAUAACAUUCUACGCAUUUGUCGAGUUAUCGGUGAAGCUGAAGUGCGCGAAUGCGUGCUCGGCGUAAGGGUAUAAAACCUGGGGGUGGACUAUCGGCGCCAGCGUCUUGCUGCAGCCAUGGAGUCGAGGAUCUGGAUCGCGCUGGCUGCCGUGCUGGCCUGCGCCGCGGCGCUGCAGGCGUCCAACGAGACGGACGAUGCCCUCCUGAGGCGCUACGUGCAGGACGCCCACCUCGACACGGCGGAGCUGAUCGCGAAGAACGGCUACCCGGCGGAGACCCACACCGUGACCACGGAGGACGGCUACAUCAUCACCUUCCACCGCAUCCCGUACGGCAAGGCGGGUCCGUCCAGGAACCGGCCCGUGGUGUUCCUGCAGCAUGGUCUGAUGUGCAGCUCGGGCGUGUGGGUGCUGGCGGGCAGCGAGAAGUCCCCAGGUUUCAUUCUCGCUGACGCAGGCUACGACGUGUGGAUCGGAAACACUAGAGGAAAUCUGUAUGCCAGAAAACACGUCUCCCUGAAGCCAACAGACAGGAGGUUCUGGCAGUUCAGCUGGCACGAGAACGGCUACUACGACCUGCCGGCCCAGAUCGACUACGCCCUGCAGCGCACGGGCCAGAGCAGCCUCUACUACAUGGGCCACUCCAUGGGCACCACCUCCUUCUACGCCAUGGCCUCCUCGCGGCCCGAGUACAACAAGAAGAUCCGGGCUCACUUCAGCCUGGCGCCCGUCGCCUUCAUGAGCAACCUGAAGAGUCCCCUGCUGCGAGUCAUGUCCACCUUCCAGCACAGCCUCGAUACGCUGCUGAACCUUAUGGGCAACGGGGAGUUCAUGCCGUCCAGCGCGUUCAUCGCGAGUGUGUCAGCCAUCGCCUGCCACGACAACAGCAUGAUCAAGGAACUGUGCAGCAACAUGCUGUUCCUCGCGUGCGGCUUCAACAAGCAACAGUUCAACAUCACGUUGCUGCCGAUCAUAACGGGCCACGCACCCGCAGGGUCGUCGACCUUCCAGCUGAUCCACUACUCGCAGGGGAUGUGGUCAGGCAAGUUCCGGCGGUACAGCUACGGCACCGUCAAGAACCUGCUGACGUACGGCUCGUUGAACGCACCCGACUACGACCUCAGCAAGAUCACUGCGCCCGUCUACCUGCACUGGAGCAGCAACGACUGGAUGGCCGCCGUCAAGGACGUGAAGGAGCUGGAAAGUAAACUGCCCAACGUGAAGGAGUCCAGGCAGGUUCCGGACCCAAAGUUCAACCACCUGGACUUCAUGUGGGCCAUCGAUGUCAAACCCCUGCUCUUCGACGCGAUCCUCGCACAAAUGAAGAAGCACUGACGGCGGCAAUGUUUCCGUGAUUUCUGGCACACGACGUUGUACGCAGAUUGUAAAAAAAAAAGAAUAGCUCAUUUAGUCCAUCAUCUUACUGAGCCUAAAAAAUAAUCAAAGAAGUUAAAUAAAUAUUCCUUUGACGAA